GCUUUUAUCAUGGGAGUGUAACAUUCUUACUCAAUACGACGCAAUUUCCUCGCGUAUUGAGCUGAUUAAUAGAGGAAAUAAGCGAAAGUGCAAUACGUGUGGCGCAAUUCUUCAAGGUCACUUUUAGAUAACUGCGUGAUCUAUAAUGGAAAUGAGCCCUAUACAUCCUUGCUUUGGAUUGUUGGUUCCAAAAACAACAGCGGAAGCUGCAGUCGACGACGGCAAGCCGAACGUUCGUUUUGAAGAUUCUUUCUUGAACGGAGACAGUCAAAAUCACAGACCAUUGUCCGAUUCGGAGAAAUUUUUAUACGAGCUAGAUCACAGAUUGAGAGUGCUUCAAGCACGUGCCUGGAGAGAGCAUCUAAGAAAGAAGGAUUGCUUCACGCGUUUAAUCAUUUGCGGGAGCGAUCUAGAGUCUGAAGAAGAAGAUCCUGAAUUGGAGUUUGAUCCUGUGAUACGGCACAUAUCCUCAUCGACAGCUCCCCAUCGACCGGCUUUAACAGCCAAUGAGUCAGUUCAUCACGUGAAAGCAGACAUACUUCAAACAACUAUGCAACAAGAACAAGACACCACGUCGAUUGAAGCAUUAUCUGGCAAAGUUUUCCUACUGAUAACUGGUGCAAGUCGUGGAAUCGGUCGCCAGAUAGCGAUAACAUUUGGUCAGUUGCUGAAAGAAGGCUCGCGCGUUCUUUUAUUAGCAAGAAAUAAAGAUGCAUUGCAGGAAGUCGCCAAAAAUUUACCUUCCAAAGUGAAAGUUUGUACUAUUAGCGCAGAUUUAAGUAAAUCAACUGAUGCAGAGAUUAAAAAAUUCCUAUCGGAAUCUUUAAAAGGAAUCUCUAAAGAAUCGUUUGAUCGACUAGUUCUAGUCCAUAAUGUUGGCACCAUGGGGGAUAUUUCUCAAAGUGUAAAUGACAUGGUAGAUGUUAAAAUAUGGAAAGAAUUCUAUGAACUGAACUUUUUCGUACCUGCUGUAUUAAACGCAGUGGUCAUGAAUACAUUUAAAAUCAAAACAAUUAAGAAGACGGUUAUCAACAUUACAUCCUUAUAUGCUAUUCAAGCGGGUGCUAGCUGUGGUCAGUAUUGCUCGGUGAAAGCAGCACGAGAAAUGUAUUUUAAGGUCUUUGCUUUGGAAAACCCCGAUGUUAAUGUAUUGAAUUACGCACCUGGACCUGUCGAUACUGAUAUGUUUACAGUGGCUUGCGAAAAACUUGCUGAUCCAACCGUUAAAAUGAUGUUUAAUGAGAUGAGAAAAAAGAAAACUGUAUUGACUGCAGAACAAACUGUUAAUCGUCUUGUACAGAUCUUGAAAGAGGAGAAAUAUAAUUCGGGCGAUCAUGUGGAUUACUACGAUAAGUUACAAACGACGCAACUCACACAAUAAUACAAAAAUAGAAUUCUCCCUCUAAAUAUUUGAUCUACACAUUUUAUUCAAGCGAUAUUCUGGGAAUAUCGUAGGACGACCGCAAAACAUAAAGGCAUUCCUUUUAAAUGUGUGCUGUAUAGGUAACAUAUGAUUUCUCUUUUAAAACUCUCUUGUUGAAUAGAUAAUUAAAGUUAAUAAUAUUAAAAUAAUAAUGAAUAUAUAUAUAUAUACUCUGUUUAACGAAAUGUAUAAAAGUAUAACGUGCUGGUUAAAUUGGGGCUGUAUCUAUUACCGUAUAUGAAAUACACCGGGGCACAGGCUUAGAAAGUAGAGCAAAUGUAAUAAUUUUAACAUUUUAAAACAAGCGCAAAACGGAUUUUUGUCCGAGGUCAUUUUCUCGUUGAGAAAGAAAUGGAGUUGUACCAUUUUAUGUUUUUAAUCUUAAGGGGUAAAACUACUCUAGAGCACAAAAAACAAGCCUAACUUUGUAAAUUUUUUCGGUAAUGAAAGAAAUAAAAAUAUGUAUUUUAGGUCUUUAUUGUACAU